AUGUUAAGGAAUGGUGUUUUAUUUAUUUCAAAGCGCUUCAGGACUCAACAAGCGUUGAGGUGUAUACAUCGUGGGAACAUAUUUUGUUCCAUGUACGAAUCACAAAUAGCCUUCCAUCAAAGAUUCUCGAAAAUUGGCACCAGAGAGUACUCUAUGCCGACUGAAGAUAAGAAUGAGUCAAAAACUAUCGAUGGCUUAAGAGAUGUCAAGGAGACCAAAGACGACAAGACCGAAGCCAGUGAAGAAUCAGAAUCUAUACCAAAAGUAGAUGAGCCGUCUACAAACUUGCCUCAGGUAGAAUCAAAACUAAGCAAUGAAGCAGACGAUCUUUCUGACAAUGAUCAUGAUGACCAAUAUUUGACUACCAUAUUUGGAGACAUGGAGCCAUACUUAGAUACAUACGAUAUCUACACGCGACUAAUUACAGCUGGAUUUACUAGCAAACAAGCAGAUGAGAUACUAAGUCUUUUAGUGGUCCAGUUGAAUUUGAAAUUAUCUAAGUUAUCAGAAUUGUACUCACAUCUUUAUAAACUCGAAAACGAAAGAUACCUCUUCGAGAGUGCUCAACAGGAACUAAGAGUUGAUGUUACACGCUCUCGAGAACAGCAUAUAAAUGAGCUCUUCGGCCUCAUCAAUACGUUGGAACGUGAUUUCAAUAUCAUCUCUGAUGAAUUGAAUAAUGAAUUCAUUCAAAUGAAAAACAAUAGUCAAGUUGCCCUCAAUGAUCAGAAAUCAGAAAAUACGCUACAAUCACGACAAAUAAUGCUUAAGCUACAAGAAACAAACCAUAAGAUAACUACUGAAUUAAACUCAGCAAUGAAGUCUGAGAUUGAAAGUUUAAGGUGGCAUCUCUCUAGAUGGGGUGUCAUUGCAAUACUAGUAUCUGUCUUCUCUGCAUGUUGCGCUGUUUAUAUCCAUAAGGUAAAAUCAGAUGAAAAGCAAACCAAGAACGAGUUCUUCCCUCUUAUAAUUCACGAACCUAGUGAAUUUGACGAAGAUGAUUAUCACACCGAUUUAGACAAAAAUGUGAUAAGCUGA